AUGGCGAACCCACAAGAGAAAUUAGAGUCGAUUAAAGAAACGACGCCGUUGACAGAUGAUGAUAACUAUAUUGAAGAAGAUGAUCAGUGCUACGAAGAGGCGGCUGUGAAGACCUGCGGUUACUGUGGCUGUUUCGAAGAACUUUGCUUCUUGUGGCAUCGAAGCAACAAGAAUGGCGGUAAAGGUAGAUAUUUGCUUCAUCAACAGCAACAAGAGAGGGGGAUCAGAGAAAGUUGGCUGAAGAAAAGAGUGAAGAAGGUCAAGGAGAUAUCAGAAGUUUUAGCGGGGCCAAUAUGGAAGACUUUUAUUAGAAGAUCUAGUAACAGUCUAAAUGGAAUAAGCAAGAAGAGAAAGAGUCACAUGCAGUUUCAGUACGAUCCUCAAAGUUAUAAACUCAAUUUUGAUGAUGGGUCAGACUGUGGGCAUAUUGAUUUCUUGGCGAGAUAUGCAGCUCCAGUAGUUAAGAUCAGUAAAGGAGAGUUGGGGAUAGAAGCGGCUUGUUAA